AUGGCUGCUUGCUUAGUGACCCAUCCGCUAGAUCUUGCCAAGGUAAGACUUCAAACCGCAUCUCAAAGAGGACAAUCUUUAGGGUCAAUGGUGUACCAAAUCAUAAAGAAUGAAGGUUUCUUCAAAAUCUACUCGGGAUUGACUGCUUCGCUCCUUCGCCAAGCUACAUAUUCUACGGCUCGUUUUGGGGUGUAUGAGUUUUUGAAAGAAACUUACGUUGACCAUUAUAAAGUAACCCCAACGACCGCAGUCUUAUUACCUAUGUCUAUGGUAUCAGGAGCCUUAGGUGGACUUGUUGGAAACCCCUCGGACGUUGUUAACAUAAGGAUGCAAAACGACUCGACGUUACCCAAGGAGCAAAGGCGUAACUACAAGAAUGCAUUUGAUGGUAUCUACCGAAUAAUUAAGGAGGAGAGCACCCUGUCAUUGUUUCGGGGUUUGACUCCCAACCUUAUUCGUGGAAUUUUAAUGACAGCAUCACAAGUAGUGACUUAUGACAUCGCAAAGAAGCUAUUAGUAGACUCUUUGAACUUGGAUCCCUCAAAGAAAUCAACACAUUUUAGUGCUUCGUUGCUUGCAGGUCUUGUGGCUACGACAGUUUGUUCACCAGCAGAUGUCGUUAAGACUAGGAUCAUGAACGCGAAGGGACAAGGGGGCAGCGCUGUUUCAAUAUUGACCAACGCAGUGAAGAAUGAGGGUGCUGGAUUCAUGUUCCGCGGAUGGCUCCCAUCCUUCAUUAGACUCGGACCUCAUACAAUUGUUACUUUCUUGGUUUUGGAGCAAUUGAGAAAAUUUAGGGUCGGUAUGUGGAGCUGA